CCUAAAUUUGUUAAAUUGAGCAUAGAAAAAUUAAUCAAUUUAGCCAUUAUCACGUCAGUCUGAUGUGUCAAAAAUAGUAUAAAAUGUCAAGUAAGUUUCACAAAAUCCACAAGUUAUCAUUCAACUAUCAAAGUAGCUUGUUGACAUUCCACAACAAAUCAGCCUUAAAAAUGAAGUUUGUUAUCGCAGUUCUUGUUGCAGCACUCGUCUGUAUCGUCACAUCCGAUCCACCAUCAAUGGAGACUAUGAUUCAAGCCAUUGCCAAUGAUGCCAAUUCAUUCACUGGAAGUGCUGAUGCCUUUAAAGCUCAAACUAAGGAAAGAAUUGCAAAGGAUCCAAAUCAAUAUACUUUGGAGGAUGUCCAAAAGUUCAUGGAUGCAGUCUGUAAAUUGUGGACAGCAGCAUUCUUGAAGUGUGCUGAAUUUAAGGACUUUGUGAUUGCUGAGAAGAAGGCAGCUGGAAAGAUUAAGGCAUAAAAUGUUUAUGAUUGAGGAUCUUUUGUUGUUGCUGUUGAUGACUUACGGAUUAUAACUUAACUUUUAUUAUGAUUUAAUUUGCACUGAGUAGAAAAAAUGGGAAAAAUUUGCACAAAAAAUUAUUUUGAAUAAAUUUCAUUUUUUGCAUCGAAAAA